UGGAUGUGAAUCACUACAUCUAAGUGAAUUAGAGUGAGGGUUAGAAUAUCUGUCAUAAGAAUUUAUACAAGGUGGAAAUAUACAUUUUGGAAAAACUGUGAAUAAGUAUCAAAUACAAGUCUGGUGAAUAAUUUUUUAGAGUCGCAGCAAUACUGCUUAUAAACGCCAAUUGCCAAACCGAAUGCCUUCAUCACUUUUGUUUUAUCUGUAUAGAAGAUUAAAUAAAUCGUGAAAUUAUGUCGACAGAGUCAACAUUUCUGUUACGAAAAUUUGGUUAUGAUUUCGAUACAGAUGGAAAGCUUCAACAAUUUGAUAUAACUUCUGGUUUGACUAAUAAAGGCUUUGAAUUCAGAAUCAGCAGUAACCCAGAGCAUAACCAAAAGCGAUAUGAAGAAUUAGGUGAAAUAAUUACUCGCUAUGUGUAUGAUUUGCUAGAACUAGAAGGUUUGGAAAAACUGCCAGUACCAAAGAAAUCUCAUAAUUCAUUAGAAUUUAGAUCAUUUAUAUUUGCAAAUAAAGAUAACCAUGAAAAUGACAAACUGAUAAUAUUAAUUCAUGGCAGUGGUGUUGUUAGGGCUGGACAAUGGGCUAGACGUUUAAUAAUAAAUGAUAAUCUCUACAGUGGUACACAAAUCCCAUAUAUUAGAAAAGCGAAGGAAUUGGGCUACAACAUCUUAGUACUUAAUACUAAUGACAAUGAAAGAAUUGCUGCAGGAAAAACACAUAAAAUUCUUGGUAGUGAAGAUCCUCAUAAACAUAUAGAAGCAGUAUGGAAUGAUUAUAUUCGAAAUUGUAAGGCAAAACAUAUUGCUAUUAUUGCACAUAGUUAUGGAGGACAAUGUAUAGUACAAUUUGCAGCAAAACACGCAGAAGAAUUUAAGCAUAAAGUUUUUGCAGUAGCUUUAACAGACUCUUUUCUCACAAUACCUCAGGAAGCAGCAGACAUAAUAAAGGUAAGCAUAAAUAAAAUUAAAUUUUAUCACUAAAGACGGAUAGUAGAGUUAUAUAGAAGAUUUUUUAUUUGAAACAUUGAGAGCAAAGUCAAAUAACAUGAAUAUAUAACUUAAUAUUUAUGCAUGGAAAUCCAAAAAUUGGAUAUAA